CCCGUUCAGAAUUCUAUAUUUCGAAGUUGAAAGUUAUUUCUAGGCAAUAAGGUGGUAAAAAAACUUUAUCAUUGUAGAUAAUUCAUUUGUUAUAUGAUUUCUGCGAAUCGGCUAGGUGCUUCAUCCUUCAAGGACUAUAAGUUAUGAAAUCAGUCGACUUUUUGAGUGAAUAUUAAAUUAACAGCGUUAAAAUAGAACUGUGUUUAACUUGUGAAAGUUUUGUGAAUCGUGUUUUUGCCAACAUUGACAUAAUCGACGCGAGAAAACCUGGGUUUUGUUUUCAGAUUAAAUGGGACGAUAGUGCCUUUAAAUAACUAUGGGUAGCGCUAAACACGCUACAGUUAACACUGAAAUGGCGUCACAAAAGAAAUCGAUCAAGGACUUAUUAAAAAAGCCGUUCCAGGCGCUCUUCAAAAAAGAUAAACAAAAAGAGAAAAAGGAAAUAAAAGAUGAAGACACACAUAAAGUAGAACCGAUCAAAGUAGUCCCAGUUAGUGAACUCCUAGAAGACAUUAAAAACCUCAAAAUAAAGCAAGAGGAAGAAGACGAGUUCAGUAAUUUCACAUACAAAAUAAUAGAUGAUAAGCGGAAAAAUUCAGAAGUCUCCGAAGCGAGUUUUCUAAAAGAAAGAAAUGACUCGCAGCUUUCUGAAGACAGCUUCAAUAACUUUAAAUUGAACGAAGGAAGGCGCUCGAAAAUCGACUCGCAGACGUCAGAAGACAGUGGCUUCUCGGAGAAAAAUGAAACAGUGGAUUCGGAGGACGAUAUCUGUGAGGGUAGAAGGAAAAAGAAACAGAUAGUGUUGAUAUCGAGGGGACCGAUUAGGAACCAGUUUUUAACGCCGCCACAUCCAUAUUCGCGGGAAACUGAAUGCAGACAGAUCAACCAAGUUAAUAAACAAACAUUCUCCGGCGGGCAAGUUAUUGUGAACGAAAACACACGGACAGACAACACAUAUUUAAGCAAAGUUAUAGAAUUAGUUGACACGAAUGUUAGAGAUUAUAAUAAUGAAGAUCUAUCGACCUUUCUUGACCUAGCAGACGAAUUUGUCAAUGAAAACACCACUGAGAAUAUCCUAGCUGACUUUUUUAACCAAGCCGCAAUACCAAGGAUAGUAGAGCCCCCCACAGAUACCCUCAUUGGCGGGUUCAGCUAUCAAAAUGCCAACCCAAUGGAAAUAUCCAGUUCAAACACGUUAACAGAAUAUGACACGCUCGAAUUAUUCCCCGAAUGCCUUCGGAAUCCUGAAUUUGACACUUUGAACGUAUUCCCCACGCCCCCGCGCUCAGAAAAUGUCCCAAGCCCCAUUUCGGACUCAACAGUCUUUUACACAAACCAUUCAGAUUAUUCAUUAUCACCCCAAACGCAAACGUCAUCGCCAAUGUACAAUAGUGACUAUGAGAAGUGUCAAGACAUACCAUCGCUAGAAGACUAUCCAAGCUGGGUCAUAGACGAAGUACCUGAAACCACAGACAAGAAAACGCGGGAACGAAUACCGAGCACGUCCAUGACGAUGAAGCAAUACAAGGACAUGCAAAAGGAGAUCGCGAACGAAUUUUCGAAAAUGGAAUGCUGCCAAGCAAAGCGGAAACCGUGCAAGGAAAUAUUCGAGGGGCACAUGUCAAAAUUGAAAAUGGAACACAGGAAGGUUCUAUGCCAAAAGGUUGCCAGUUUAGAUCUGAAAACUGCUUAUGGUGUCCUUCAUCACAUCCUGGCGAGUUUGUCGAAUGGCAACACUGAGGAAAGUCUGCAGCUGGCGCUUUUUAGUCUUAUCUGUGAAAAAGUGCUAGCACUGCAGCCGGAAUUGUUCGUCCAGGACUUUGGUUUAAAUCUCUUGAAGUUGGCAGUACUUCGAUGCCCGAAGCGACCGCUUCUCACCCGAUAUCUGGUGCAGUGCAUUCAAACAGUCAUCAAAACUGAUACAAACAUACGAACACAUGACUGCGUCUUUACUGAGGUGGACGCACUUCGCGAUAAUCUCGUGAUCGCCUGCGCACGCGGCGGUGAUGAGUACUCGAACGCGCUCUAUGAGCUUGUGAAGCCAAGUGGGGAGCCUGCCCUGUUCAGCUUACACCACGCUAAUGCUAAUGGACACAACGCUUUGCAUGUGGCCUGUAUGACUCAUUCUGCGCAAACGCCGCGUUAUCACACAGUACAUGUAUUAUUAGAACACGCACACAUAGACUUAUGGAGGAAGGACGUAAAAGGUGGCGAGACAGCGCUCCAUCUAGCGGUGAAUUCCGCAAACUGUGACUUGAAGUUAAUAAUGAUACUCUUCAAACACAUCGAAAGAAAACAAUGGUACGACCUUGCGCAUGCUCCGAAUCUAAGUUCAAUAUCUCCCCUGGAAUACGCCCGAUCUGCGAGCAAAUCGAAAUCGGAAAACUUUCCGAUCGAAGUGUUAGAAUUUCUCAAGAAAUGCCGGAAAAAUCAAUAAAAAAUUCAAUCGAUAUUUGUUUUUUUUUUAUAUUGUUACGGUUUUGGCUUCCGCCAUUUUGUAUAUAGAUUGAUCAAAGUUUCAAGUUGUGACAUUGACAGUUUGAAGGUAUAAAUACUUUUUGAUGAGACUAAUAUAUCGAUUUUAUUAAAAUGGAGGGAUAUAUUUGGCGGGAUAGUCUCACAACCUUAUCAUGUAUAUAUAUAUAUAAAUAGCCAUUAUAUAUCAUAAUGAAUUUUUGUUAUAUAUGUCACACACGAUUAACUAAACCAGUUCUUUAUAAAAAUAUUCUAUUUUUAAUGAAAUUUGUAGCGUAAUGGCGUCUAAAUUGUAAAUAAAUAUUUUUUAGCUAUAAUCUUAGAUGAUAAAAUAUAAUAUUCAUAAAAAUAAAUCUGCGUCUUAUGUACGCAUCUGUCUCUUUUUCUCAUACCGUAAACACAAUGUGACAGAAAGAGACGAAAGUACUGAGUUCGAAAACUGAUUCAGUGUUUAUGAAUAAAUUACAAAUGCCAUGACAAAUUACAUUUUAAGCAUAAACGUUGUUAGUUAAUAAUGUCAGUAAGUUGUGUUAUUUAAAUGUUCUUGUAAAUAUAAUUGUAAGAAAAAUUAAUAAAAAAUAACAAAAACAUUAAUGUUAUUUUAUAUUAUACAACUUAAAAUGUCUAAAACUAUGAAAAAGAUGACUUUAAUUAUUAGCGUACGUAUCGAAAUACAAACUAUGUAUAUAUUGUAAUACUAAAGACAAUAGAAAUCCUUGUCUUUGGUAAGUUUCGUGGGGAGUUUAAU